UGUUUAAUAGCUGUAUAAGAUCAGCUUUCAAAAGAAGCUUCAGUGCGCUGACGAUUCAAAAUCCGCCUGAGGUGUCUAUUUUGCCUCCUAAACGGCACAAUUCGCUACUCUUGAUAUCCACGGCAUCCCAGCUUGAGGCGUCGAUCGAUGGCUUGAUCAAACUGAACAAGUCAGAUCCCUCAUUACAGCUGGUAUACUUUUGUGUUGACUCCAUUCUGAACUCAAGAGACGCUGUCUCUGAGUGCUGGUUCGAGGACAAAAUGCUCCUCCAAGCUUACAAGAAGUUUGAGCCCUCGAAAGAUAAAUCAACCCCGCAUUCAGGAACGGUAGAGCUGGAACUCACUGGAUGCGAUAUUGUGUUACCAUUGGCGCACACGAUGUUUCAGAAUACAUUACCGGCCACUUGUUUCUUCGUGGACAACGAUGACCCUCACAAUUGGAAUAAUCUUUCUGUUCUCAAAGUGAAGCUCCCAUAUAUUAAAUCCUCCCAUUUUAAUUAUUCAAACUGCUUGGUUGAGCUACCUUUGGGAAAAACCCCAUCCCAAGAAUAUAUUGUCACAGAACAUGAAGGAAAUAUGAUCAAAACGAUCAACUUGGUUCCUGCAUCCCAGUAUCUCAUUGAAAAUGAGCAUAUACAGAAGUCAAAGAAUGCUCUCUUCUUGAAAUUGUAUGAUGGAACGCAAACUCCAGACUACAUGGAAUCCUAUCAUAGAAUUACAGUAGGGGGUUUAGGUUGGGGCGAAAAACAAGGGUAUCUGGUUUUAGACCAGAAUGUUGGUUUCUUAGACCACAAAAAGCUGAGGCUUUAUCAACACAGACCAGAAACGGCUGUGCACUAUGACAGAAGCAAGAAAUCCCUAGUUUUAGAGUGCUCCACGGAGCAACAACAUUACCUGCCCGCAGGCUCAAAAACACCUAUUGUGAGCAACCUGAUAGGACUGGGUUCCGAAGCUGGCUUUAAGCUAAAUGGUGUCUGGCACACGUCGCAAGGAGAAGUGGUUCAGAUCCAAGUCACGUGACCAGAUAAUUACGCGCUGACAGAUUAGCAUGCGCGCUACCCGGCCGAGCUAAAAUUUGGCAACUACGUGUAUAAACAUCUAAAUAUCAACACCAGGCCAACACGCCAUGUCGAACUUUCUGUCUCAGCUUCAAUACCAACCGCUCACUAAUUUUGCCGACAACUUGAGCGUUGAGAGCAUUAAGGUAAGUGUUUGAUUCCGGUUCUGUUAACCUUUUAGCAACAGAUAGCUAGUGUUCAAAACAAGUUCUCCUCGAUGAGGCCGCCACAGGAGUUCCUAGAUUACAGGAGAUUUUCCAAGCCUCAGAACUUUGGCGAAAUUCAGCAGAGACUCAGCUUCAAUUUGCCUUAUUUCCAAGCCAACUACAUCGCCAUUAUUCUUCUACUGUCAGUGUACGCCCUUGUCACAAAUGCAUUGCUCCUAUUUGUUCUAGGAUUAACCGGGUUUGGUAUUUAUUUCAUCUCUAAGUUGAAAGGUGGGGACUUGGAAUUACCUAUUGGAAGACUCACUACAUCGCAACUUUACACAGGGCUAGCCAUCAUUGCUAUCCCACUUGGAUUCCUGGCCUCGCCUAUUAGUACUAUGAUGUGGCUAAUUGGUACUUCCGCGGUUACGGUGUUGUCUCAUGCUAGUUUGAUGGAGAAACCUAUCGAAACGGUCUUUGAGGAGACGGUUUGAACGGGUAGAUAGUAUAAACAAUGCAGCAGCAUAUCGAGCGAACAUUCACUGCGUAGAGGUAUAAAGUUACAAGUAUGUAAAUGCAGUCUGGUUUCCGCUCAUGCUACUUUUAUGUUUGUGCUUUCUCAGUCGAAAGAAGACCCAAAAUUUUAAGUCAUCGCAACGCUCAUAUACUAUCUAAGCUUGACUAUUGCGGUUGUUCG